AUGCGUUUAGAGAAGUGCUGGUUUUGCUCCAGUACCAUCUAUCCCGGGCACGGGAUCACCUUUGUCCGCAACGACGCCACGAUUUUCCGGUUUUGCAGGUCCAAAUGCCACGCAAACUUUAAGCUCAAGAGGAACCCCAGGAAGUUGCGAUGGACCAAAGCGUACAGGAAAUUGGCUGGCAAGGAGCUCGCUCAGGACACAACCUUCGAAUUGGAGAGAAAACGAAACAGGCCAGAGCGCUACAACAGGGAGCUGCUGUGCGCAACGAUGAAGGGCAUGAAGGCUAUCACUGAAAUCAGGAAGAAGAGGCAGGAUCGCUUUUAUGACACCCGAAUGCAGAAGGCCCGCAAACAGACCAGAGAGUCUGAAAAGAAAUCCCUCCUCAAGGAUAUCCAUCUUGUUAAGGCACCAGAAUCGUUGCUGAAAGACAAGCAACAGGAUUUGCUUCUUGAGAAGGUUGCUGCAGAGCCUGUGGCCACAGUUGAGCAAAUGGAUGUUCAGGAGUGA